UGCGUGGUUGUGACAGCAGGGCCACGUAUGAGAAGAGAGGAAAGAGACACAGAGGAGGAAAACAGAAAGUUAUGCUGCUGCAGAAAUGGACCUGCGCUCAGAGUUACUCAAGUCUAUUUGGUAUGGUUUUACUGCCCUGGAUUUAGAGAAGAGCGGUAAAGUGUCAAAAUCUCAGCUCAAGGUCCUGUCCCAUAACCUGUGUACCGUCCUGUGUAUCCCUCAUGAUCCUGUGGCUCUGGAGGAACACUUCAGGGAUGAUGAUGACGGUCCAGUCUCCAGCCAGGGCUACAUGCCUUACCUCAACAAAUACAUCCUGGACAAGGUAGAAGAGGGUUGUUUUAAGAAGGAGAAUGUUGACGAGCUUUGCUGGACUCUCACUGCAAAGAAGAACUACCGUCCAGACAGGAGCAGCAGCAGUGUGCUGCCAGAGAAAGAUGCAUUCCGUCUCUGGUGUCUCUUCAACUUCUUGUCUGAAGACAAGUACCCGCUGGUUAUGGUGCCCGAUGAAGUGGAAUACCUACUGAAGAAGACAUGUAUGGCCAUGAGCAUUGAUCUCAACUGUGUAGAGCUGGAAGACUUCAUUGCCCAGGAGUCAGUGCAGCAGAGUGGCUUCACUGUUUGGGUUUUUCUAGAGAUGAUGAAUUCUGGGAAGAUAACCAGAGCUGUAGACAAAGAAAUUACCAGCAUGGCUAUUGAAGAGGUCUACCGGGAAAUAGUUGGCGAUGUCCUCAAAGAGGGCUACUUGUGGAAGAAGGGCCAACUAAGGAGGAACUGGAAGGAGCGUUGGUUCACCCUGUGGCCCAGCCACUUGGCCUACUACACCGGGGAGGAUCGCAAAGACUGUCAGGGCAACAUAGCCCUGGACGCAAACUGCUGCGUGGAGGUACACACAGCACAAGUGCUGCCAGACCGAGAUGGGAAGAGGUGUAUGUUUUGUUUGAAAACUCUCUCCAAGACCUACGAGAUGAGCGCCUCCGACACCAAGCAGAGACAGGAGUGGACGGCAGCCAUUCAGACGGCCAUCCGGCUCCAAGUGGAAGGCAAGUCCUCGCUCCACAAGGACCUGAAGAUGAAGCGUCGGGAGCAGAGGGAGCAGCGGGAGAAGCGUCUGCUGGCCAAGGAGGAGGAGCGUGAGCGUCUGCGCGCCCUGCAGGAGGAGCGCGAGCACAAGCUGGCCGAGCUGGAGCUGCUGAAGGAGGCCCAGCGGCAGGCGCAGGCCCUGCUGGAGCAGGACGAGGUGCGGAGGCGCCAGCAGCACCAGCAGCUGCAGCAGGCCCUGGAGGUGCAGCUCCGCGAGGCCGAGGAGACGCGGGCCAGCAUGCAGGUGGAGAUGGCUCUGAAGGAGGAGGAGGCGGAGAGGCAGAGGAAGAGGAUUCAGGAGCUGGAGGAGAUGCAGAAACGUCUGGAGGAGGCGCUGCAGCAGGAGAUCAAGGCCCGUCUCGACGAGGAGGCCCACCGCCUCGCUCAGGCUGGUUUACUGGCAGAGGAGGAGGAUAAGAUGAAGGCCCUGAUGACCCUCCAGGAGGAGCAGGAGGACUACAUCCUGAAGACCCAGAGGGAGAAGCAGGAGCUCAGGCAGGAGAUGGAGACCAAGUCCCGGGAUCUGGACGAGGCCCAAAGACAGCUGGAGGAGGUCCGCGCCAACCGCCACCGGGUGGACCAGGAUGUGGUGGCUGCCCAAAGGAAGCUCCGGCAAGCCAGCACCAAUGUCAAGCAUUGGAAUGUUCAAAUGAACAGGCUGAUGCGUCCCAUUGGACCAGGAGAGAAGAGGCCUUCAGGUGGGGGGUCCUUUUCCAGUUUCCAGAUCCCCACACAGAGAGACCCCGGCCUGCGCCUCAGACAGAGGUCCGAUGACGAGAGCAAGGAGAACGUGGACAGCAGCGCCGCGUGCGACGGGGAGCGCCGUCUGUCUCAGGCCUCAAACGGAGACAUGGAGACCUUGUGAGAACACGACCCCAUGAGGGGAACUUCACCGGUGGUGUGUUACUUUGGGGGGGGGGGUUCCUGAGGAAAUGGGUGGCAAAGAUAUUGGGAAAGUGUUAAUACAACUCAAAUGGUUGUGUGGGCUCGAGAAUUGGUUGUGAAGGACUGCAGAUGAAGUCAGAUUGGUAAAGAUAACGGACAUGUCUUCUGCAGUUUCAAGUUGACUGGCAAAGUCAGUUCAUUCCCCUGCUUGAACCCCCACUGACUCCAUGUUGUCAUGAAGAACCUGUGCAGCAGCAAACAAUACUAACACCCUAACAACACACAAAUACAGAGAUGGUCAUACAACAUUUUUAUCUUAAACGUGUUCUAUGAUACUGUGAGGCUAAUACCGUUUUUUUUUUCAAUAUUACAAGAAAAUAAUUUGAAGAAAACUUUUCUGGCUCAGUGGUUUGAGUUUGUUUUUACUUUUUAAAGUCCUUUUAUUUGACAAGCCUUUUAACUGAGAGCAAGGAAUUGGAUAAAGGAUGUACUCAAUGGAAAAAAUGCCUAACAGUGUUUCCCUUUGAAUCUGAAUAUUUAUAACAAUAUGGUAUGGGAGUGAAAGGAUGUAUUAAAAACUACAGCUUCAGUUUCAACUGUGUGUGAACACAAAGCAAGAUUAGGAUUGUUUUAGAAGGCGAGUUGUUAACACAAAUUUUCUUGGUAAUAAUAUGAUGUGUUAUAUUUACAGAAUAAAAUCUACUGUACCAUGAAUAAAAUAUAUAAAGCCAAACCCCAAAAUAUGAAUUUGCUCAUAAUGACAUUUGAUAAUUGGAGUUUUUCAUUUCAAAACAAUUCAAGUCAAUCAAACCACUAAAACCCUGAGUAAUACCUCCUAUGGCACAGUCAAACAUAAACCUCUAUUGUCUGAAAACUGUAUAUCAUGCAGAUAUGACAUCCUUGAUCUUUAAGGUAAUCUUACAGGGCCACCUGUUGGCUCUCUAGUGUAGGUGACAGUGUAUGGAUGACUUGUGUGCACUCACAUAUACACAUCAUUUACACAAAUAAAUUGGGUAAUUCCAAAUAUGUAUUUUGUUAUUCCUCAAACAUGGAUAUAUAUGCAUAGCUUUGGAUGAAUUUUUGAAUAUGUAUUUAUUCAUUAUUAAACAGUGAGGUCACUAUUCAUUCAAUGUAAUUUAACAUGAUGUAACUAUUAUUAUUUUCAGUACUUGUUUUAUGAAUAUUGUGUUUGUAUUGACAAUA